GCUCAUCCACCAUGCACGGUGAGCCUGAAGAGAUGAGCCAGAAUCCUGCACUAAACUGAGUGAUCACAGAAAAGUCGUUUCUCUUCUUUGACUUCGUCUCAUUAAGAUGUGUGACCUUCAGGACCACGCAGGUUUGUGCAGACACCUCGGUGAGACUCGCAGAGACCUUAGAGAUGAACCUGCAGCCGGAGAGGAGCUCCACCGACGAGCAUCUGAUGAGAUUUCAACACCUGCGAUUAAGCUUCAACGUGCAGGUGAGUUAUCUGUUAUUGACUGAAAACUUCCGGUCCGUGGACUGAAUCUUUUCCUCCCACACUGCGAGAUUCAGUUAAAAUAACUAAAGACAAAAAUAUAUGUGUGUUUACAUUCGAUGAAGGCUCUUUAGUGAGAUUCAGAGUUCAGGACUGAAGACCUCUGACCGUGCUCCCUGACAUGGACUGAAUUUUACCACUAGGGGGCGCUGAGGUGAGUGGUUUUGGACGGUCAGUAAAUGGACUGUGGAGCAGUAUCCAUCUCCACCUUUCUCUCACCUGUUAGCAGCGCUGUUCUCUGAAUAAAUACUGAUGAUCAUCAUUUAAAGAGGAUUUUAUUUCAAUGACAUUUUUGGAAAAUCAGAACAGAUCUGAACUUUUGAUUGACAAUAUUAGGAUUAUUUAAAAUAAAAUAAGACAGCCUUCUCUCUGAACUCAUGUUUCUGAUAAAAGUGGGAUGUUGCUACAGUUUCUCACCAAAGCAUUGAGGGCUAUACUCCUUUUGUUGUCUAAAAUAACUUUCGCUCUGGUUUCACUGUUUUUGUUUUUUCACUUUUUGUUUUUUUUAACCGUUAUGCUAGUCAGCGAGUUGUAUUAUGAAUUUCCGGGUAACACUUUACAAUAGCCAUAAUUUAUAAAUGGUAAAUAGAUCGUUUAUUAAUGUAAGUUAAUAGUUACUUUUACAUAAACAAGCAAUGAAAUUAUGAUUAAUAAUUUUCAUUAAUUAUUAAGUGACUAUUUAUCAAAGGUUUAUAAAAGGUUUAGGUUUUGGUUGUAAAACAUCUAGAUUAAAAUGUGUGCCAUUAGCAUUUUGUAAAAGGUUAAUAUUUAGUUUUUAAACCACCUAUAAACAUCACUUAGAUGGUUAUUGUAAAGUUAGGGUUAGGUUUUUAAAAUGGUAAAAAUUUCCAUUUUAUAUAUAUAUUUUUACAAGCAAUUUAUUUAUAAUCUAUAUGCUAUUUAUAAAUGAUGAUUAAACAUUAUUGAACUAUCUGCCCACCAUUUAUAAAUGGCCUAUUUACCAUUUAUAAGUUAUGGUUAUUGUAAAGUAUUACCAAUUUCCAUUCAAACAACAAGCAAAAAAGUUGCCUCUAUUUAUCUCUACUUGAAUUAUUAACUCACACUUUACUUCGAUGCUUUUUUCUGAUUCAGUUUUUUGCUCUUUUUUUAUUUAUGUAUUUUUGUAGUGGUCUCUGCUCAUGACCAGCAGCUGUCAGUGAUUAAACAAGAGCCUCCUGAGAAUCAGGAGUGGAUCCCCAAUCUUGACCAGGAAGACACAAAGAAGCCUCCCUACAUUAAAGAGGAAGAGGGACUGGAGAGCAGUCAUAAGAGGGAACAGCUUCAAGAACAGGAUGAGGCUGAUACCGCCGUGUUCCCAGUGAUUCCUGUCCUAAUGAUGAGUGAAGACAAUGAAGAGAAGCCUCAGUACUCAAAGCUACAUCUAAGUAAAUCAGAAAAGGUGGAAAUAGUAGUUAAAAGAGCAGAACAAGAAUCUGCCGCAAACUUAGAUCAAGAAAAGCAUCUGCCACCGGAGAUUGAGGUCAAGAUUGAGGAUUCUUCUGAACUUGAGACUGAAGAUAGUGAUGCUGAUUGGCGUGAGACUGAAGAUCAUCCACCAGGUUCAAUAUCACUGCUAUACAUUGAAGAUAAGAGACCAGUAACAAACGGGAGACCUUUUUGCUGCCUCCAGUGUAGUAAAACAUUCAAAAGAAACGCACAUUUAACUGAGCACAUGAUGAUUCACACAGGAGAGAAACCACACAGCUGUUCCGAGUGUAAUAAAAGCUUUAACUGUAAAGGAAAUCUAACCCAACAUAUGUUGGUUCACACAGGAGAGAAACCUUAUGGUUGCUCUAAGUGUGGUAAAAGAUUUACUCAAAAAGGAAGUCUGACCACACAUAUGAGAACGCACACAGGAGAGAAACCCUUCAGCUGCUCUGAGUGUCAGAAAAGCUUCUAUUGUAAAGGAAAUCUGACCCAACAUAUGCUGGUUCACACAAGGGAGAAACCGUUCUGCUGCUCUGUGUGUGCAGAAAGAUUUACUCAAAAAGCACAUCUCACCCAACACAUGAAAGUUCACAGAGGAGAGAAACCGUUCAGCUGUAAAAGCUUUACCUUAAAAGGAAACAUGAUCAGACACAUGUCGAGCCACAGAGAAAAGAAACUACAUCAGUGCUGUGUGUGUGAGAAGAGAUACAAAAGAAGGAUUUGUCUGACUAAACAUCUGAAAAUUCACACGAGAGAGAGAGAGACAGUUUCGCUCACCUGAGUCAUGUCAAACCUUAAUGUAGGAAACCCGUCAGGUCUCCUGUCACGUCACACACGUCUUACACUCUCUGCGAAAAACAAUCAACAAGGAUCCACUUAUCAUGAGAUGACAACACACCAGUAAAGUGAUCAUUAAAGUGACAGAACGACAAAACUAAAGAUACCCUGAAUGCUUGUAUACUCUGUGGUUAAAGGAAAUAUUUCAUUCUAUUCAUUUGAUGUCGUUUUUACUGAGUUGAAACAUUAUUGGGUUUUUGUGUGUUUUAAGUAAAUUAUCUAUUAUCUUAUUUCAACUUACUGUCCUUUUAGCUUUUGUUUUACUUAUAAUCUUUUCUGAUUUUACCUUUUAGGCCUUUUAUUGAUUUUUCCUGCUCAUUUUUGUUAUUCCAUUUUAUUAUUAAUAUUACCAUCAUUAUUUUUUUAUUAUAAUUAUUAAUAUCUUCCUCCUAUAUUUCCUGCUUCCUACCCCCCUUUUUAUUACAUUUCUUCUUCUUACCUAUUUUAUGUUUUUAUUUUGGUCCUCAUGGUCUCAUUUUAUGUUAUUGGGUUCUUGUAUCGUCUGGGUUUCUUAUGAGAAAUGAAAUUAGCCUUCAAUUCAGAGGCCUUGUAUUUAACUGAGCUUUUGUUUUUAUUUGUUUUUAUUUCCAUGUGCUUCACAACUGUUUGUCAAAGCCCUUUGUUAACUUCUGUUUUUUUAAAGUACUAUAAAAAUAAAUUAUUAUUAUUAUUAUUAUCA